CAUCACCUACACACACCCACUUCUAUUAUAUAUGUACAUUUCUCGAUUUCCCAAACAAGAAGAUAACAACCAAAAAAAUAUUCAAAUAAAACACAUCUUUUAUUUACACAAUGAUAACUGCAACUCUACAAGAACCUCAGAUUCACCAACCGGUGGAUACAACCACCUCCCCCACCGAUGCUCCUCCUUCUCCACCACCGCGUAUUUUCCGAUCAAAGCUUCCGGACAUCGACAUUCCCAACCACCUACCUCUCCACACUUACUGCUUCGAGAAGCUCCCCUCUGUUUCCGACAAGCCUUGUCUGAUCGUAGGUUCCACGGGAAAAAGCUACACGUACGGCGAGACGCACCUCAUAUGCCGGAGAGUCGCCGCCGGGCUACACAAAACGGGGAUUCGAAAAGGCGACGUGAUAAUGGUCCUCCUCCAAAACUCCGCCGAGUUCGUCUUCACCUUCAUGGGCGCUUCCAUGAUCGGCGCCGUCUCCACCACCGCGAAUCCUUUCUACACCUCUCAGGAGAUCCACAAACAGGUCAAGUCCUCCGGAGCCAAGCUCAUCGUCACUCACUCUCAUUACGUCGAUAAACUGAGGAACCUCGACGAGGAAACAAGAAUCGGUGAAGAUCUCACCGUGAUCACCACGGAGGUUCCUCCGCCGGAGAACUGUCUUCCUUUCUCGGCGCUGCUGCUCGCCGACGACGAGGCAAACUCGCUAGAUGUUGCUGUUGACGUCGGUGGCGACGACGCGGCGGCGCUUCCUUUCUCCUCUGGCACGACGGGGUUGCCGAAGGGUGUGGUUUUAACGCACAAGAGCUUGAUCACGAGCGUCGCGCAACAAGUGGAUGGAGACAACCCUAAUCUUUACCUGAAAUCAAACGACGUCGUGCUCUGCGUUUUGCCUCUUUUCCACAUCUACUCACUCAAUAGCGUCCUUCUCAAUUCCAUCCGAUCCGGUGCGACGGUUCUUUUGAUGCACAAAUUCGAAAUCGGGGCGUUAUUGGAUCUAAUACAGAGACACAAGGUGACGGUAGCGGCGCUUGUUCCGCCGCUUGUGAUUGCUUUGGCCAAGAACCCAACCGUUAACUCUUAUGAUCUCUCUUCCGUUAGAUUGGUUCUCUCCGGUGCAGCUCCCUUAGGCAAAGAUCUCGAGGAUAGUCUACGCAGCCGUCUCCCUCAGGCAGUCCUUGGCCAGGGAUAUGGUAUGACAGAGGCAGGACCAGUGUUGUCAAUGAGCCUUGGUUUUGCUAAAGAGCCAAUUCCGUCAAAAUCAGGCUCUUGUGGGACUGUUGUCCGAAACGCAGAGCUUAAAGUGGUUCACCUUGAGACACGUCUCUCUCUUGGCUACAACCAAACUGGUGAGAUUUGUAUCCGUGGUCAACAAAUCAUGAAAGAGUACUUGAAGGAUCCGGAAGCCACGUCAGCUACAAUUGACGAGGAAGGUUGGCUUCACACAGGGGACAUUGGGUAUGUUGACGAAGAUGACGAGAUAUUCAUUGUUGAUCGACUCAAAGAGGUCAUCAAGUUCAAAGGCUUUCAGGUGCCUCCGGCUGAGCUAGAGGCUUUGCUCAUCAGUCACCACUCUAUUGCGGAUGCUGCGGUUGUUCCUCAAAGAGAUGAAGUGGCUGGAGAAGUUCCGGUGGCUUUCGUAGUCCGAUCAAAUGGAAACGUCAUCACGGAAGAAGAUAUAAAAGAAUAUAUAUCCAAACAGGUGGUAUUCUACAAGAGAUUGCACAAGGUCUUCUUUGUUCCCUCCAUUCCCAAAUCUCCUUCCGGAAAAAUUCUGAGAAAGGAUCUUAAAGCCAAACUCUGUUGAAUGUAAUUUUUUUUUCUUUUAUAUGAUUUAAAUGUCCCUCUGUAUUCACGAUAUUCGUGACUUUCUUUUAGAUCCUUUGUCGCAACAUGUGUUGACAAUUAAGAGUAAUAAUCUAUUAUUUGGAUAUGAUCA